CCAAACAGAGACGAAGAAAUCUUUGUGUACAUGUGACCCUGCAUGUGAUAGGAAAUUAAUGUAGAAAUAAUGUAACGCCUCAUUUAUUCAGUUGUCCAUUAAUGCGGCACAAAAAAAAUCAUUAUAAUGGCUCGCGAGUGUUUUGGUUUCUAAUAAAUUACUGUACAACUAAACGUCAGGUCUCUUUGUUUAUGACCAGUGUUUGUAAGAUUUAACUACAUAAUGUAUAUGACGCUGUCCUAUGCUGUCUUUUAGACUUUGAACCCAAAGCCCUUCCAAGAAACUCCUCUAAAAGCUUGAAAUAAGCAAAGUUAGAUUUGCCAGUCUUGAUACACUUUGACCAUGCCACACGUGAAGAACAGCAGUGUGAAAAGACCGAAGCUAGACUGGAGGUUUCUCCAAAGAUUCUGCAGUAUCCUGAAGAUCCUUUUCCCAUCCUGGUCCAACCAGAGUGUGCGAAUGUUCAUGACACUUCUUGGAGUCGCGCUUUCAGUUCAGCUUGUGAUUUAUCAAGUGGGUCUCAUUCCGAGUCAGUUCUACGAGGUUCUGUCUGAGAAGAACUAUGGAAAGUUCAAAAAUCUGGUGCUGUUUGCAGUUAUGCUCAUUCUGAUUAAUUCAACGCUGAAGAGUCUGGACCAGUACAUCUCCAGUCUGCUGUAUGUCAGCUGGAGAAAGUCUUUGACUGAAGAACUCCAUAGCACAUACUUCAAGGGACGUGUUUACUACACCCUCAACGUACUUUGCAAAGACAUCGACAACCCAGACCAGCGCAUCAGUCAGGACGUAGAGAGGUUAUGUAAACAGAUAAGCACUAUGGCGAGUCGACUUCUCAUUUCGCCGUUUACCGUGACCUACUACACCUAUCAGUGCUUCAACAGUGCCGGCUGGAUUGGAUUUGUUAGCAUCUUCGGCUACUUUGUGGCUGGAACCAUCAUCAACAAGAUCUUGAUAGGACCCAUCGUGUCCAUGCUGGUUGAGCAAGAAAAGUUGGAGGGAGAUUUUAGGUUUAAACACAUGCAAAUUAGAGUGAACGCCGAAUCUGCUGCUUUCUACAGGGCAGGUAAGGUGGAACACAUGCGGACCGACCGGAGGCUGCAGAUGCUCUUAUCCACUCAGAGAAGCUUGAUGAACAAAGAGCUCUGGCUUUACAUUGGAGUAAACACCUUUGACUACCUGGGCAGUAUCCUCAGCUAUAUAGUGAUCGCGAUCCCCAUCUUUGCUGGAGAUUACGACGGCCUGACACCUGGAGAACUGAGUGCUCUUGUCAGUAAGAACGCUUUUGUCUGCAUCUAUCUGAUAAACUGCUUCACGCAGCUCAUAGAUCUCUCAACCACAGUGUCUGAUGUCGCUGGAUACACGCACCGAAUCGAAGAGCUGCGGGAAGUGAUGGCAGAUAUUGCCAAGAAACAGUGUGACCAGGAUCAGUACGAUCCACUUUCAAAGGAUGAACCUUACAGUGAUCGGGAGCUUCAAAGUGUCCCAGGAGACACAGCGUUUGUGCUGGACUGUCUCUCCUAUAAAUCACCCGUCUCAGUGGAGCUGCUGGUGAAGGAUCUGACCCUAAAGAUCAGUCAAGGAACACACAUGCUUGUGGUGGGAAACACGGGAACGGGGAAGACCUCCCUGCUCAGGGUCCUCAACGGCCUGUGGGAACCAUGCAGUGGUUCUGUGGAAAUGACCACAUGUUUUGGACCGAGAGGAGUGCUUUUCCUGCCACAGAGAGCAUAUCUUACUGAUGGCACUCUCAGAGAGCAGGUUAUCUAUCCAUUAAAGGAUGUAUAUCCUUCUUCAGGCUCUAUAGAUGAUGAACGAAUACUAAAAUACCUGGAACUCGUUGGUUUGUCGAAUCUACUGACCAGAAUUGGAGGACUGGAUACAAAAGUAGACUGGAACUGGGAUGAUGUUUUAUCGCCAGGAGAAAUGCAGAGGCUUUGUUUUGCUAGAUUGUUUUACUUGCAGCCCAAAUUUGCAGUACUGGAUGAAGCCACUAGCGCUCUGACUGAGGAGGCCGAGGGUCAGCUUUAUAAGGCCUGUAAACAUCUGGGCAUGACCCUCAUCAGUCUGGGUCACCGUAGCACUCUGGAAAAGCAUCAUGAUAUCAUGCUGCGACUGUGUGGAGGUGGCCAAUGGGAGCUCACCAAACUCAAAGAGGCGUGAACCUUCAAACUUACCCAUUAGAAAGAGAAAUUAUUGAUCCGUUUUGUGGUUAUGGGGGCAUUCAUGCUUGAGACUCUAGAGAAAUCUUGUUUUCUUGACAGUGUACAGUCUACUGAAGUUCCUGAUAUGCAGUAAUGCAGUACGAGUCUUUUUGCUACUGUUUGUCUCAACUUACUUUUCAUAUAGCAAUUUAUGAGUUUUUUUAUGCAAGUAUAUGCUGCUUCAUUCAACCUUUAUUGGUUGUUUCUUGCCAAAUGGAUUUACAAAAAAAGGGAUUUUUGUAAUAAAGGACAUGUAGGAGUUUUUCAAGAAUCAUUUCAGAUAAAGUGCCUAUAGAAUAUAUUUCAAAUAUAUAUUUUAUAACUAUUAAAUAUUUCAUUAACAUGACUGAUAUUAAACUAUUAAUGUAUUUAACUAUUAA